AUGUAUAAUGGGUGGACCGCGCUCACCCGAGCAGUGUACUGGGGACGCACCGAUGUGGCCAUGGAAAUCGUCAACUCUGGAAGAGGGGUUGAUCUCGACACAGAGAGCCAGUCUUGGACAGCCCUCCAGUGGGCCCUGGCACGACGCCACCUUGAUAUUGCACACAUGCUCAUCGCCCAGCCUUCUGUUGACGUGGACUGGAAAGAUGCAGACGGCUUCACUCCUUUCAUCACCGCCACCAAUUACAAUCAUUGUGAUAUUGUUCGUGCUCUGCUCCAAGACCGCCAGGGCCUAGACGCCAAUGCAAAAUAUGGAAGCGGAGUCACGGCGCUUGGGUGGGCCGUGCAGUUCAACUUUUCACGAUACACUCAGAGUCCUACUCCGCCCUCCUGGGGUUGA